AUGAAGCUCGCUAUAUUAUUUUUUGUGGCGCUGGCCGCAUUGACAAUGGCUGAAGAUAAGGAGUUAUCCAGAGCAUUAAAAAAUGGAAACGACCAAUUUACAGCGAGAAUGUUCACUGAAGUGGUCAAGGAGAACCCAGAAAAGAGCUUUGUACUCUCAGCAUUUUCGGUACUGACACCUCUGGCUCAACUGGCCAUGGCGUCAGCAGGUGAAUCACACGACGAGCUUCUAGAAACUAUUGGAAUGCCAAAUGAUAACGUCACAAAAGCUGUGUUUACUCAAUCCGAGAGCAGACUUAAAUCAGUACAAGGAGUCGAGCUUAAGACCGCAAGCAAAAUCUACAUCGCUAAAAAUUACGAACUGAACGAGGAGUUUGCAGCGACGACCCGUGACGUUUUUAAUUCCGAAGUCAAAAACGUCGACUUCACUCAAGCUCAGAAAACCGCAAACGAGAUUAACUCUUGGGUUGAAGAUCAAACAAACAAAAGAAUUAAAGAUCUCGUCGACCCGAAUUCGUUGGAUGGUGAUACCCGCGCUUUGCUCGUCAAUGCGAUAUACUUUAAGGGAAUGUGGAAGAGUCCAUUCAGCACUUACGCUACCUACGAGCGCGACUUCCACGUGACUAAGGAAAAGACUGUUCAAGUUCCCAUGAUGUACCAAAAAUCAGAUUUCAACUACGCUGAAGUGCCAGAAUUAGAUGCCAAGAUUUUGCAAAUGUUCUACAACGGUGACGAAGCAUCAAUGAUUUUCGUGCUACCGAAUGAAAUAGAUGGCAUCACACAAUUAGAAGAAAAAUUGAAGGAUUCUAAAGCGUUGGACAGGGGUCUAUCAAAACUAUACAACACUGAAGUAGAGGUCACCAUUCCCAAAUUCAAGAUCGAAACGACGACAAACCUUAAAAAAGUUUUGGAAAAUAUGAACGUGAAGCGACUGUUCACACCUGGCCAGGCUCGCUUGGAACAUCUUUUGAAGAAUGAGGGAGAUCUAGUAGUCAGUGAAGCCAUACAAAAAGCCUUUAUUGAAGUAAACGAAGAAGGCGCUGAAGCUGCAGCGGCCAACGUUUUUGAAGCAGUAGCAACUAGUCUCAUAAUCAAUCCGGUGCCACCAAAGACCUUCAUUGCUGACAAACCGUUCUACUUCGAAAUCAGGAUCAAUGAAAUACCAAUUUUCAGUGGGCUUAAAUUUGACUGA